AAACCCAAGUUUACGCUGAUGCAACGGAAGUGAAUGAGGCCAAUUUUUGGCGGAUAUAAAAAUUUUAAGCUUAUUAUUUUAUUUAUUAUUUAGGUGAAACCUGUUCAUUAUUUGAGCUGUGGAGUUGUUUUGGCAUUUUUUACUGUUGCUUUAGUAUUUGUGGAAUUGUGUUGUCAUGGCAACAACAAAAUUGGGUACAACUUUAUGCAGAAAAAAUGUGUACCUACAUUUGGUGCACAUUAAAAUCUUGUGGAUUUAUUUUGUGGACAGUGAGUAUUUUAAUGGUAUUUGAUUAUGCGUUUUUGUUCAAUUUUUUGUUCACUUUUGUUCAAUUUAAUUAAUCUUCACUGAACAAAAGUAUUGAUUUCUUUUCUUUUUUUUUAUCUUGCUGACCCAAAACUUUUGAAUGGUAGUUUAUAAAAUGGAAAUUAUGACUUAACUGCACUUCAUUUAUUAAUAUAUUUUCUAUUAGGUCUGUUCAAAAAUGUUUCACUCUAAUUGCCCCAUGAAAACACAUAACAAACUAUAUGUCAUAGUCGAUAUGUCAUUAAAAGAGAGAGAAAGCAACUUGAUAAGUCUUUUCAGGCACAUAACACUAUUGAUUGUUUUCACUUUUAAGAUGAAUGAUUGUAAUAAAAGUCGCGUUAAUAUAAUUAAUGCUAAUCAAUAUCCAGUAUAAUAUCAGAGAUACUCCUGUGCUGCAGACUUGUGUGUGUGCUUGGUGUACAAAACAAAAUGCAACAUUAAAAACAAUUCAUCACUUCCAAUACAUUGCAAAUACAGAAUUAUGACCAGAAGAGCACAAGUGAUUCUUCAUUUAGAUUGCCUGUGAAGAUCAAGCACCAGCAAUCUGUGUAGGGGCCGGGACUAAUGCAAUACAAUGUUCCUAUAAUACAGCCCCAUCCCAAAGCUCAUUACCUUUCGGUGACCUUCCAGCAUCAAAAGUUCUUCCUAAAGACAAAUAGCAGCUAAGCAUUUCAAUAUAAGAGAAGUCUUUAUUUGUAUUCAUCACAUUAUGCUGUAAUUGUUACAAGUUUGCAUGGACAAACUCUCAUUUUAGCAGCUUUGAAAAAGUAGACCAGGGUUGUGUCCCAUAUUUUUCGUAGAGGUCAAGGCAGCGAUGUAAUUUGCCAUCCAUCUGUUUGACUAAUGCAAUCACCUUUUCAGUAUCUCAACUGCUUGCUUUGUGUUUGUAUGCCGGGUUUCACUUAAAAUAAGUAGGCAGCAGGCCCAAAAGAGACCAAAUAUUCAGAGAAGGGCAAAACAAAUUUUGCAACAGCUGUUUGCCUUUUAAUCUGCCACCAUCAGAUCCUCCAGUCUUUGAUAGGCCACACAAUCUACACGAAUGACUGAGCUAAAUCUUUCCUUAAUCUACAGCCUUAUUAGUUUGUCCUCUUAUGCAUGUAAAUCAGGGUGCAGUCAUUUUCCUAUGUAGAUGGAUUAUUAAAAGCCAUGGAGGGAGAGUGGGGUUUUUUCAUCUCACAAUAAACAACAAAGCCCUGCACAGAUUACAGCAGAAGCGAUGGCUACGUGAGGGCAGGAAGCAGUUUGUAAUUGACAGGCUGCUUUGAUAGAGCACUGUAGCCUUGUGAAUAGAUGGGUUUAUCUAGACCGGGUGAUGUGUCAUUAGCAUAUCUUGAUAACAUUGAUUUCUUCAUUACCCUUAAUGAAAUUUCCACUUAAUGGCUUCUAAUUAGUUUCAACUGGUGCCUAUGUAAUUGCAGCUGUAAUAUUUUGCUGAGUCGUGGGGUUUAAUGCUUUGAGGCGAAGCGAAACUCUUGCGUGAAGUUUUAUUCUCUUGCACUGCUUACGCAUUUGUUGUCUAAAUUUUCAGAUCACUAUAUAUUCCUAUAUGUGAUUAAACUUUACUUUUGUUUGGCUGCCAGUUUUGAUGAUCAUCUCAUGUAAUUGCCAUGGAGCCAAGCCAACAAAGAAUUAGCAUGGAUGGGUAUUGAAUAGUGUCCCAUAAGGCUACAAAUCACAUGGUUUUUCUGUGUUGUAAACUGUGCAAACAGAAUUACUGUGCACCUUUUUUUUGUAAUAUUCGGUGUAGGGUUAUUAUCAGGCCACCUCAGCAAAAAAAAAAAAAAAAAAAAUAAAACAUCUCCAAGUGUUCAGUGUGGCUUCUAAUUAGCCAAAAAAGCCACAGGUCAGGCGCUGUCUCGCGGGAGCGCGCGCUCGGGUCUCACGUUCUGCCGGUGUCGUAUGAAUCAUGACGUUUAUUUAUGCAUCAGCACAUGGCACUUUGAUAAGAUUGGUGUUAUCUCUGUCUCCAUCAACGGCUCGCUGCUCAUUUCCAUAAAUUAUCUCCCAGUAAUUAUCUGUCCAGAUGUCCAAAUUGUGCCACAAAUUAUCUGCAAAACGAAUCAAAAUCCCACUGUAAUUUAGUAAUAGCUGAUUAGACCAGAAACUUGGAUGUAAUUAGAAUAAGCUAUAUUUUGCAUUCUGUUCAAACUGUUUUAUAUGCAACAGUGUAAACUUCUAAAAGAAUGUAAAAUAUACACAUUUACCUGGACUUUGCCCUUUAAAUGAACUUUACCCUUUACAAUUUAACAUAAGAACAACUUUUUAUUAUUGUGAACAAAUAAUAUUGGACCACCCACGUCUUGUUGGUCCUAAAAAUUAAUUAAAUAUAGCUAAAUUUAAUAUUCAGAUUUAGCCAUGUCAUGCUUUACAUGCAUUAUAUUAAGCUGAUUUCUCAUGUGAUGUUAUUACACAAAUACACCCGUUUUUUAUUUGUUUAGCUAUAUAUUUGUUUUUUAUAUAUAUAUAUAUAUUUGUUUGUUGUUGUUGUUUUUUUUUUGGGGGGGGGGGGGGCAAAUUUAUUAAAAUCUAAUUAAAAGCUGAUACUUUUAAAAAUGAAAUGUUAACACCUAUAUUUUAAAAUAAACAUUAAAGCAAUUUCGUAUUAUAACGUUAUUGUAAUUGGAAAUUUCAAUAUCGUGGCAUUUCCCCCCUAUUCAAAAAAAGAAAGAAAAACAACAACAUUUGUCUAGAUCAAGUAGAAUGCCCCUUAUCAAUUUAUCCAUUUAAUUUGGAAAUAAGCAUUUGCCCCGAGUUUUUUAUAAUCUCAGAAAUCCUAAUUUGAAUGAGCCAUUUAUCUUCUCCUUUAGAGCUUUGCACUUAUGAUCGAAGCCUUUUAUUUUAAGGCCAAAAAGUUUGCAAAAGAGGAAUAUAUAUAGCGAUACAAGAAUUGUAAGUCCUCGAAUUUUCUGUUGCAUACGAUCUGCUGAAUCCUCAACAGGAAUUCUUUAAAAUAUCUAAGAAAAACUAUAUCAGUGACAAACAUUCGAUAUCAUAUGAUUGAGUUAUUUAUUAGUUUUAUAAAACAGAUUUAUAAAAUCACUACUUUGUAAUUUUUAUUUAUUUAUCAAUUUUAUUUGGUCUGGUGUAUCAGGCGAUGCUGCCACUAUAUAUAUAUAUAUAUAUAUAUAUAUAUAUAUAUUCUGCCAUUGCUGACGACAUGUGAUAGAUUACAGAUGUCGUUUUAUAUUUUAGACAUUUUCCUUUUAUUUUACGAUAUAGGCUUCACGAAAAAAAAAAUAGAUUCCUAAAGUCGUUUAUAAUCGAUCGAUAAAGUUUACCAUGUUGAAGCCUAAAAACAAACAUUUUGGUAUCGACGAUUAUUAUUAUUAGCAUACUUCAAUACAGUAAAUUUAAUUCGAAAUUCGAAGUGAUCAUUUUAUUUGCUAAUUUCGGUUAAAUGUCUGAUUAACACAUAAUUGCAAGCAAAAUGUGAUGUGAAUGACAUGACAUGGUGCAUAAAAUCAGGCAGAGUAGCAUCCUGUAUCCUCUGGAAUUCUAAAUCACUUCCUUGCCGCUGAUUGGCUGUUGAGUUUUGACCCUUGUUGGGAUGGACCUGUUGGAUAAAAGGAGAAUUUCUAUCGGGAUCAUGCGUAUUGCGCCGUGGAUGUCUGUGCACAAGGGACCGAGUCGUAUGUGAAGAAGGGGAUAGUCUCAAAGGCAUCAUGACGGGAAAGGAUGGGGCUGUUUUGUCGGAAAGUUUGAACAAAUCAAAAUCAGUGUGUGCCGCUGAGAACAGGGGAAAUAACAAUCCACAUCUGUCAAAGAGCAGCAGCACACAUCCACCCAAAUGCACGGGCUUCGGCAUCCAGGAGAUCCUGGGACUAAAUAAAGAGCCGUCCUCGGCUCCGCGGAGCACACUGGACUCGUUCCCCGCCGGAGCGCACCUUCUAGCCAGCAGGUCGAUGCUCGGGCCAGCUGGAGUUAGUGUUGGGGUCGGGAUGGGAUUAAUUGGGCCUGGAGGUAUUCCGUCGUUCUACAGCCAGCCCGCGUUUCUUGAGGUGCUAUCAGACGCGCAUAACGUCCAUCUACAGCCGCUCAACAGGACAGUGAGGCCGCUGGAAACAAACCAGUCUGCAAGCUCAGAUUCAGAGGAUGUCUCUUCAAGUGAAAGGAAAAUAUCAAAAUCUUCACUGAGCCAGAGCAAGAAGAGAAAAAAGCGACGACACAGAACAAUAUUUACAUCUUAUCAGCUGGAAGAACUGGAGAAGGCGUUUAACGAGGCUCAUUACCCAGAUGUGUACGCCAGAGAAAUGCUGGCCAUGAAAACCGAGCUGCCCGAGGACAGAAUACAGGUGUGGUUCCAAAAUCGGAGGGCCAAGUGGAGAAAGCGGGAGAAGUGUUGGGGUCGUAGCAGUGUGAUGGCUGAAUACGGGCUCUACGGUGCCAUGGUGCGUCACUCCAUCCCUCUGCCUGAGUCCAUACUGAAGUCUGCUAAAGAUGGCAUCAUGGACUCCUGUGCUCCCUGGCUUCUAGUUCAAGAUGGUUUUCCUACCACCAGCUGCUUUUCUAAACACGAAUACCCACCAUUCUUUUCAGGGAUGCACAAGAAGUCCUUGGAGACUGCUGCAGUCCAAUCAAAUGAGAAGUCAGAUGUCAUUCAGAAACCGACCAAUCCCAAACCGGAUGAGGCUGAGGCUGAGGCUGAGGAAAGGAGGACAGAGUCACCCAUGUCCAAAGAGGAACUGAGGGAGAACAGUAUUGCUGUUCUCAGGGCAAAAGCACAGGAGCACAGUGCCAAAGUGCUGGGAACGGUUACCUCUGAGAGACUAGAGCACAAAAUGGAGACGUCGGUGACAGAGGAGUCCAGCGAACAGUCAGACACAAAAGAAGAGGAAAAAGGUUCUUAGAUGAUGCACUGUUAAUUCUUCCAAUCCAAAACAUUGGCUUAGUGUGCAAAUAUCUGUGCUGUUGUCUCUUCCCUUCCUGCACUGUUCCCAGGACAGCACUGGACUUUUAAUUGAUUCUCAAUGUUCCUCUGCAUUUUAUUUCACUUUAGCAAGGUCAAAACCAUUUAGAAAUUUGCAGUAUUUUGAUAGCAGCAUCAGUCCAUCAUGCCAGUGAUUAAUAGUUUUUUUUCUUUCUUCAAAUAAAGGACUUCAAAAAUUCUAGCCAUAAAAAUUCUAUGUAUAAAUAUAACACCCCUUUAUCAUGUUGGCAACCUCCUCGGUGCCAUUUGCAAAAUUUCUCAAUUGAAUAAAACCAUAAAUGUUUGUAUAUUUAUGAUCUAGUUUCAGUAUAAAGUAAUAUUGUCAUCAGAAAUGUAUUGGUCAAGAACUCCUACUGAGCUUUGAAAUAACAGGACUUAAAUGCUUUUCUUUUUUCUUUUGUACAGUACCCGUCUUCAGAUUCGCAGUGGUUAAAGUUGUAAUAGAGUGUAUUGCUGUAUAUAUUGUAAAUUAAGAUAGCCUGCUACAGUAUUGUUUGAACUAUACAUUGAUGUACUGUAGUCUUACGUGCUUUUUUUCGUAACAUGUAAAAUGCAAUACAAAUUAUUAAAAAAAGAUGAACAAUGCUA